AUGAGACUGUCUCUGUGUCUUCUGCUGGUCAUCCUGGCUGUUCAUUGCUAUGAGGCUGAUGCUGCAAUGGUCUGUCCAGCAGUUAUUGAUGAAAGCACUGUAUUCCUAAAGGGGAAUGAGAAAACCUAUGAAAAGACACUUAAGAAAUAUAAUCCACCUCCUGAGGCUGUUGAAGCAAAACUGGAAGUGAAGCGAUGUGUAGACAGCAAUUUGAGCACUUUAGAGAAAGCAGAAAUAGCAAAAGUUUUGGUGCUUUUGGCUCGCAGCCGACCCACUGCACCACACAUGUUCAAUCCCGCUGCCGCUGAGCUGCUCAAAACAGUCUUCCCAGUUGGGAGGAUUCCACAGACAUCCCCAUGGUUACUGUCGCAGUUUCUAGCUGCAGGCACUGGACCGGCUCAGACUGCCGCCUACCCGAGCCCAGAGGCCUUCUGCCCCUAG